AUGAUUGGAAACUCGAUUGUAAUCCUUGCUAUCAUCGUCUCUCGCAAGCUACGAUCGACAACUAACUGGUUUGUGCUCAAUCUAGCAUGUGCUGACUUUCUGUCAAGUACUUCUCUUCCUUUCCACGUUGUAACUAUGUUGGAUAAGACAGACAGCGCUUUCCCAAACUGGUUUUGCACCUUAAUAUCCGUCAUCAGACUCACUUGCUUAUCCGUAAGCAUGAUCAUGUUGGCAAUGAUUGGAUUUACCCGUUGGUUUCUCAUCACAAAGCCACUCUAUAAAUUCAAGAAAGUCUACCGACCUCGUAAUCUAAAACUCACGAUGACUUUUUCUUGGAUAUACUCCGCAUUGUGGGUCGUCAUUCCACACUUUGCAGGUCUGGGAACGCUUGGGUUCUCAUUCCAAUUUAAAAUUUGCCAAUGGGACUCUUCUACCGAUCCAUUCAAAGAUUUCUACGCUCUUCUAGGGGGCUUUGGUGUCUUUUUCAUGUUUGCACUUGUUAUCAUCAACUACCUAUUGAUUUAUCGUUUCGUGGCCAGACACGGCAGGAAGAUGAAAGCACUCAUGAUGGGACACACCCGCAGAGAACCAGCCCAUGAUGUUUCCAUGGACAACGUUCAAGAUCAUGGAACCCCUUCGCCACCAAUGACCGACGAUCAAGAUACACAAAUGACCCAACAAUCGCAAAGUGAUGGGAUGGUAGACUCAACUAAUUCUGCCGCAACGAGAGCUGAAAAGCACGAGAAUAAGAAUCAUGCAGUGAUCAAGAAACAGUCAGUGGUUGUUACCAAGAGGCUCGCUGUCAUCGUUUUUGUUUUCUUCAUCUCUUUCAUGCCAUUCGGUAUCAGCAUUCUGGUGGCUCCGUGGCGUCCAGUGGUUCCCUGGACAUUGCCCAUCUUCUAUAUCAGCAACUGUAUCAAUCCCCUGAUCUAUGCCGGGACGAUGCCCACCUUCCGGGAAGUUAUGAGGUUCAUCAUCAAAUGUCGCUGGACCAGCAUUCCAGCUUCUAUUUUCUAAUAAGUCCAAUUAUGGAAAGGAGAAUUUAACGACAGGUUAGAUCUUCAUGAUCUUGUUUAUUUCCCCCAUGUUCUUAGAAGCGCUCCAUUAACCUGUGGUCAUCAUUGGUGGCACCAAGGGCAACCAUGGUGAACAAAGAUCCCAACUGAGAGGGAUAUGGGGAAAAUAAUGAGGGGUCUUAUAAAUUGUACAUUUUAAUUAUUACAAACCAUUAAUAGGUACUCGUUCCUCAAGUGUCUCGCAAU